AUGGACGCCACGCCAACACAGCCAAUUCAGAUGGACAAGAGACCUGACUCACGUCGAUUGGCCGACUUUGCUGCCAAAGCCGCCGAAACUUUCGUCUCUGCUUACUAUGCCGCUUCGGAUUCACCGCAGCGUACCAACUUGGUGCCAACGCUGUACUUGCCCAACUCGUCGAUCGUAUGGAAUGGCACGCCUGUAAGCGGGCAGCAGGAGCUGACGGCCAUGUUGAAUAGUAUGCCAGGAAGCAAGCAUGAAGUACAGGCUUUCGACUGCCAUGCCCUGGGAGGUGCUGUUGAUGGAGCAUCAUUCACACCACCCUCGAUACUGCUCACUGUAUCAGGCACGGUCUCGCACCACACGCCCGAAUCUUCGUCCGCACUGAAUCCAUCCACGUCUACGGCACCCAAGUCAGCAACAUCUUCGACGCAUGGUGCAAAUCGGAAUCGCGGCAACUUUGAUCCGGACGCGCCGCUCACUUCGCACCCGCGGGCGUUUUCACAGAACUUUGUAUUGGUCAAUGCCGCAACUGCGGGUGCGGGUGGCAUAGGAGAAGGCGGCGUUGCUUUCAGCAGCGCAACAGGCAAAGAUGCUAGUAUCACGCUCAGUGCAAAGUAUGUAGUGCAAGCGGAUAGUUUUCGGUUCGUUGGAUAG